AUGUCUAAGUUCACACAUUCAUAUAAGAGAUUGAAACGACUGUGUUUGGAUUACGAUUUUGGUUUGCAUGUAAGAAAUGUCAUUCAUAAAUUAGUAUCUCACAUAUAUCCAUAUGCAAAAAUAGUAUUACCUAAUUUUAGAGCAGUUCAUUAUUUUUAUAUAAUUACUUUAGUAUUUGUUGGUUCAAUCUUAUUAUAUCCAGUAAAAACAAUACCAUAUAUAGAUGUUUUGUUUUUUUCAGGUGGUGCUUCAACUCAAGCAGGUUUAAAUACCGUGGAUGUUAAUGAUACUUCAUUAUAUCAACAAAUUAUAUUAUAUUUAAUUGCAACUUUAUCAACUCCAAUUUUUAUUCAUGGUUCAUUAUUAUUUGUUAGAUUAUAUUAUUUUGAAAGACAUUUUGAUAAUAUUAAAGAAAAAUCUAAAUUAGAUUUUAAAAUGAGAAGAUCAGCAACUAUGUCAAGACAAAGAUCAAAUGCUCCACAAGAUUCUACUUCAAUGAAUACAGCUGUAAAUAAAGGUUUGGGAUUUUAUGAUAAAGAAGAGGAAAUCGAAAGUCCACAGUCAUCAACCCUGACUCAACAACAACAUCAACAACAACAACAACAACAACGUGCUGGACAUGGAGUUGUACAACAUUAUUCUGAACCAUCUGAUGAUGAAGAAGAAGACAAUAAUCAUCAAAAUCAUCAAGAACCAAAUAUCAAAACUACAGAUCAUGCAAUUAAAUUUGGGGCUCUACCCCAUCCUAGAAGAAAAAAAUCAAUAGAUCCAGAAGAUAUGUUAAGAUCCAUAAAUAUGCUUCAAGAAAAACAAAAAAAUGAAGAAAAUAAUGUCAAAAACCAACAUAACACCAACAAUACUGACCAUCAACCAUCUUCCAUUCAAUUUGUAAAUAUAAGUUCACCUUCAAGAACCAGAAGAUCAACUCACCAAGUCAAUCAUCAAUCUUCAGCACAAGAUGAUCAACAAGAUACCACUAAUAAUGAUGAUGAUGACAUUUUAGUCAUUAAACCACCAAAUGAAGUGGAAAACUCAACUAGUCACAAUCAAAUUUUCACGAGAAAGAAAAAUCCUCAGCUGAUACAAUUUUCACCAGAAACUAGUAGAUUACCUCAUUGGUUACAUGGAAAUAAAGAGAAUGGGGUAAAAAAGCAUUAUAGACCCUGGACAAGUAAAUUGAAAAAAUCAUUUUCAAAUAGAAGAUUUUCAAGUUAUUCAAGUGAGGGGGACGAUGAAGAUGAAGAUGAAGAUGAUGAUAUUUCUAUAGAUUCUGAACAUGCACAUACUGAAGAUGAUGCUGAUGAUGAAGACGAAGCUGCAGGAACAGGUACAGAUUAUGAAGAUCGUGACAAUGCCUUGACCGAUGGCGAUGACGAUGACGAUGAGGAAGAAGAAGAAGAGGAAGAAGAUGAUGACAAAAGUUCUACUGGCACUAAGAAAUUUACUUCAAAUACAGUGUCUCCUCGAUCAAGUUUUCUUCACGAGAAUAAACCAAAUAUGCAGAAAAUAAAUUUUGGUGACGAACCGGACAAAAACAAAGCAAAAACAAAAAUACCAAAACGAAGGAGGAAAAGAAAAUUUGAUAUUAGAAAGAUCAAAACUCCCACUUUAUCAAGAGGUGAAGGCUCGAUCCAUAGUGCACACAGUAAUGAUCUAGAUAGUCAUUCUACAGCAGGCUUAUCAAGAACCAUGAGUGGUAAUUAUUUAUCAUGGACUCCAACUGUUGGUAGAAACUCAACCUUUAUUAAAUUAACAGAAGAACAAAAAGAAGAGUUAGGUGGAAUUGAAUAUAGAGCAGUUAAACUAUUGAUAAAAAUCGUUGUUAUUUAUUAUUUAGGUUUUCUAUUAAUUCCUUCGGUUAUGUUUACAAUUUGGGUUUAUUGUAUGCCACAUUAUAAAAAUAUGUUGAAUGGUUUAGCAAUCGUACCUGGUUGGUGGGCAUUUUUCACAGUCCAAUCGUCAUUUAAUGAUCUAGGAUUGACUUUAACUGCCGACUCCAUGUCUUCAUUUAACAAAAAUGCAUUUGUUCAGAUUAUUAGUUCCUUUUUAAUUGUUAUUGGUAAUACUGGAUUUCCUGUAUUUUUAAGAUUUAUAAUUUGGAUAUUAUUUAAAACUGCAAAACCUUUAUCAUUAUAUAAAGAAUCUUUAGGAUUUUUAUUAGAUCAUCCAAGACGUUGUUUUACAUUACUUUUCCCACUGGUUCCAACAUGGUGGUUGUUUGUAAUUUUGAUCGUUUUAAAUGGAUUUGAUUUAGUUAUAUUUUGUAUAUUAGAUUUUAAUAAUGCAGUAUUUGAUGGUGUCCCCAAAGGUUAUAGAGUACUAAAUGGAUUAUAUCAAGCUUUUUGUACAAGAACUGUUGGAUUUUCAAUUAUGGAUUUAUCUCAAUUACAUGCAGCUACUCAAGUAAGUUAUAUGGUUAUGAUGUAUAUUUCGGUUUUACCUAUUGCUAUAUCUGUUAGGAGAACUAACGUGUAUGAGGAACAAAGUUUAGGAGUUUAUGCAAAUGAAAGAGAAGAUGAAGCUGAUGAAAAUGCACCAUCUAAUUAUGUUGGAGCACAUUUAAGAAAUCAAUUAUCUUAUGAUUUAUGGUAUCUUGUAUUAGGGUUAUUUAUUAUAUGUAUCGCGGAAGGUAAGAAAUUACAAAAACAAGAAUUUAGAUUUUCUGUUUUUGCUAUAUUAUUUGAAAUUAUUAGUGCUUAUGGUACAGUUGGUAUGUCAUUGGGAUAUCCAGGAGUUAAUACUUCAUUAAGUGGUAAAUUUAAUGUUGUUUCAAAAUUAGUAAUAAUAGCAAUGAUGAUUAGAGGAAGGCAUAGAGGAUUACCAUAUGCAAUAGAUAGAGCUAUAAUGUUACCUGAUGCUGAUAUGAGACGUCAUGAUAGAGUUCAAGAACAACAUGCAUUACAAAGACAUACUACUUUAGAAAGAACUGGAACUUUAGGAAGAGUGGCGACAUUUACAGCUGGCGGACCAAUUGAUGGUGGUGAUAAUAUUUUAAGUAGAGUAUUGACUAAUCUUGGUCAUUUGAGAGAAAGACGUAAAAGUAGAGCUGCUUCAGAUGAUGGACUCAAUUUUAGUUCAAAUAGAACUAAUAGCAAUGGUAAUAACAAUAUCCACCGCAAUCACAAUGAUAAUAUUAAUAGAGACAGCACAGAAAGAAGUGAAAACUCAACGCAUUCUAAUAUGCCACGGUAUUUAGUAACAACAGUAAGUCGUGUAUAG